AACAAAAGGCACCUUGGGCCUGCUCCCUCAUCGCCGAGCACCAUGCAACGCUCUUCUCCGUUCGCUGUGCCGAAUACUGGAGCUCCUCAGUCCAGUAGCGCCAGUAUCAGCAACUUGCUUUGGACGCCGCCACCUCUGAACGUCUCAAAGGCCGCCAAGUCGGAAGGUGGGACGCGACACAAACAACUGAAUCCAGAGCUGCGUACUCGAACGUAUUAUCGACGCAAGGUACACAUUUCCAAUACCGACAACAUUUGAAGACUAUGAGGCCAUAUGUAUGAACGUUGAUUGAAUUUUUAUCGUCGUAGGAAGAGAAGGAGAUGCUGGAGAAGAAGUUGCAGGCGAUGAACAUUCAGUUGGAGCAUUUGAGACGUCGUAAUCAGUCUCGAGAUGGGAAUGAUGAAGUUGUGACUCGAUUGAGGCAAAACCAGGAGCUGCGGGACUCUAUUCGUGGACAAAGGAUCGUAUUCGCCAACACGCAGUCUAUUAUUUCAGAAUUUCUGAGAGCUGAGGAUCAUAGUCGCUAUGAGCCUGUUAUUCGACUGGGAACAGACCCGCGAGACCGAUACAACACACUGCUGUCAAUGAAACAGCAGCGUCUAGAAGAAGCCUUCUACUUUUUAGCUGAGCGGUCACGGUACAUGGCCAUCGACACAGAAUUCACCGAUCUGCAGCGAUUCCAGUCCGACAACGGAGACGUGUGCUUAGCACGCUUCGAUAUCAAGCCACUGCCAAAAGCUCAAACCGUCAGGCAGGCGUUCGACGGCGUACUAAAGUUUUCGUACAAUCUGGAAAUCAGUAUUUCCGAUCUCAUAGGCGACAUUACUAUCCGCGAAAAUGACGACGAAGACUGGGACAGCUCAGUGGCUCAACAUCGCCUGGUGACGUCAAUUUCUCCGAAUGUGAAGGUGGACAUGAACAAUGUGACGUUCACUCAGUACUGGGACGAUGGCUCGGGGCCUCGUACCGACAGAACGAUUGGCGAUGAAGUGGGUAUCGCAGUGUGCAACUACGUCGAAGAAGACGAGUUGUAUCCGUAUCACGUUACUGAGCGUGUGCGUCAAGAUAUUACGUUUCACGUCAUGGUUGCUAAAUAUCCGCGGCGUCGGCCAAAUCUGUCUGCAACUGCUGGUUCUCCAAAUAGUGAGUGUGGGUCCUCUGCUAGCUAUGAAACACAAGAGGACGUGGUGGUGGCAACGAGGUGGACAUGUCUGCGCCUUCGGAAGCCUCCGUUCCCGCUGGACGAUGACAUUGCUGCGCAUAUCCGAGACGGAAUGGAGCAAGUGGGUCAGUCGAUGUUCACUGCAAUUCGCCACUCGGUCAGUGGUCGACUAAUGACUAGAAAAGGAAUGUAGCGACUAGCAGCACGUGUAUACAGUAAGAGACCGGAAGAAAGAAAAAAAAAGUUAAGACAGCAAGUUUGAGGUUUUGCGUACAAUUUGUAUUACCGCAACAACGUGAAGGCUUACUAGCUUUUUCAGCCGAUAAUCACAAUGACUU